AUGAGGGGGCGAGGAAGCCGCAGAAGAGAAGCUGGGAGCCGGCAGAGGUCGGCGGGGCUGAGGAAGGAAGGUGUCUCCGUAACGUACGAGUGCAAGGUGAAGCAGCGAGUGCCGACGGAGAAGCUUGACGGCCUGGAACCAAACCUGCAGUAUCUUCACAGUAUGCCCAUGUCCUACAGCAAUGUGCUUACCUGCAUACCAGUAGUUGCCCACAUAAUUGCUCCAGCAGAAGUCUGCGGCGUCUGGGAAACACUAGUCCCGCCGCAGGACGCUGGAGGCACAGGCACGCCGCACACGCCGCGGCAGAGGGUCACAGGCGCCCCCGGGGACAACGGCACACGCCGCACACACCAGCGUCACCCCUCCGCCGCUGCCCGCCCGCCGCCCCGGGGGGCCCACCGGUCGCCCUGCCCAGGAUGUGGGAAGCCCUCGCUUUCAGCGACCUCUGGGUGCAACGUGCAGAGCCACACGGCCCUGCGGAUCUGCCGCGCUGGUGCCCCAGGACCCCUAGCCCACAGAGGUCGAAUUCUCCCGCCAACCACAAAAGAAGCGCCCAAACCCCGGGUAACUGGAGUUGCGACGCAGCGCCGGCUCAGCGGCUCAGACACGGAGGCCGGUACCUGCAGGCCUGCCAGCACUAAGCCUGAGCGCACAGUCCCAGAUGGUUCUGGAGGAACCGUCUUUCCGGGCCAGCCCACUAGCCGGCGCGCCGAGCGUCGCGCGGGGGCUCCCAACGCAAACACCUGGGAAAUGUCGCGCAGAGCCGUAAAAGCAGCGGGAUGGACGAGGGAGGCGCUCGGCUGGUGCGUCAGAGACUCCUGGGAAAUGUCGCGCAGAGCCGUAAAAGCAGCGGGACGGACCCGAGAAACUCUCGGCCCGGAGCAGAAGCACCUGGGCCACGCCGCGCAAAGCUCUAAAAGCGGCGAGACGGACGAGGGAAGCGGUCGGUUCGGGGACCUGGGACUCGGCAAAAGUCGCGCAAAGAACCUCCGUACUGUUUUCCGUAAUGGCUGCACCAGUCUGCAUUCCUGCCAGGAGGAUUCCUUCUUCUCCACACCUUAUGAUCUGUCCAUCGAUGUGACUGGGGUUGUUAAAGUUCCCUACUAUUUUAUGACUAUCGAUUAG